GGGGUCACUGGGUCCCACUGUCUAUGAACCCUAUAGAGGCAGAGUCAAUUUCCAUCCAUCCAAUGGCUCUCUUUUGGUAAAAUAUGUGCAAGAAACAGACAGUGGGAUCUAUGAGGCAACUGUCAAUCUGACAGAAAUGGAAACCAGGAAAACCCUUCUAGAGGUUCUCAUGCCUGUGUCUCAGCCUCAUAUAAGGAGAAAAACUGUCCCUGAAGAGGCUGCCAGUGAGUUAUUCUGUGAUGUGGCAGUGGGCAGAAUGGACACCAUAGAUUGGAAGAAGGAUGGAAAGCCUCUCCCUGAAGACCAAGAUUUCCAGCUCUCCAAAAACCAUAGUAUUCUGAUCAUUUCAGAAGGACAGAAGUUGAAUUGUGGCUCUUACUCCUGCAAUGUGAGCAAUGAGAUAAGCUGGCAGGAAACCACCCUGAACUGGGCCAUUGCAGGUACCUCACCUCCCCAGCCAGUUGUUUUGAGAAUUGCUGUCACUGCAUUGGCAUUUGCUGCUGUCUCAGGACUUGCUCUGAUUGCUCCAUGUUGUCAAUCAGAAAAGCUAAGAAUAAGAGGAGAGCUGUGGCGAUGGCUUAGUGCCUACACUCAUGGGCUGCUGUGUGUCUCGUCUACCCUGGCAUUCACUGCUGCACUCCUCUGGAUGGGAGAAGAAGGCCCCUCUGCUUCAUUCAUAGUGCCAGAGAUUCUCCUGACAUAUGUGAUAAUAGUGACCUUCCUGGUAUCAGCUGCAAUGACAAUCCAGCCUGCAAAACUCAAUGGGUUAAAAAGUACAACAAAAAAGGCUUGCACAGAGUUUGUUGAUAUAACCGCCCUCACAGUCAGCACCGCAGUGGUAUCUUUCCUUCCGCUCCUGGCAAUCUUGGUGUGCUAUCAUAUUACUCAAAGAUGGCAAAAAGAAAGCUCGAGUUCUAGACGGCAAGAUUUACAGGAGAUUCUCUGAAAUGCCUCCAGUUGCCUGCGUGAAGGAGAUGCUGCGUACUUCCUUUGCGAGGCCUGCACAUAUUUCCUCUCUCUUGUUUAAUCACACCACCUCCGCCUUGUUUAAUUUUAAGCAGUUGGAAAGGGCUUGGG